ACAAAAGUCGUCGAUUAUUUAUGAAUUAUGAAUGCACCCAUUAUCAGAAACAACAAAAUAAUACUUAGAUAAGGUUUAAGUGAGUUACAGUGUCUGUUUAAACACCAACCUUGUUUUCGUCAAAUAAUAAUAAUUGGUAAUCAGAACUAAGAACGAAACGUUGUUCUUUUUUGUAGCGACUUUUCACAUAUUAGCUGUUCUAAUGGCUUUCAAUAUCGAAGGUAAGGUAGCUUUAAUUUCCGGGGGUGCUUCAGGAAUUGGACUUAAAUAUGCAAAGGAAUUAUUGCGCAAUGGGUUGAAGGGAGUUACUUUAGCCGACGUGAACACCAAUUUUGGAAACCAGGCAUUAAAAGAAAUAGAAAAGGAGUUUGGAUCUAAUAAAGCAGUUUUUGUACACGCAGAUGUCACAAACAAGCAGAGCUUCGAGGAGGCUUUCAAGAAAACAAUCGAAGUAUUUAAAAACCUGGAUAUUCUCAUUAACAACGCUGGUAUCUUAAAUGACGCUAUAUGGGAGAAAGAAAUUGCCAUCAAUAUUAAUGGGGUGAUACACGGCGUUCUUCUUGGCUUAGAAAACUACAUACCCAAAUACAAAACUGGCAGUGAAGGUGUUAUUGUAAAUAUAUCGUCCGUUGCUGGUGUUAAAAACUUUGGCACGAUUCCAAUUUACACCGCAACAAAGUUUGCAGUACUGGGAAUGAGUAAAGCGUGGGGUGAAAUAGAACAUUACAACCGAACUAAAGUAAGAGUACUAGCAAUGUGUCCAGGAGUAACAGAAACUCCACUAGUAUCUGAACUAUCUGAAAAAACUUUAGGAGCUCCAUAUCAACAACUUAUACACGCACAACUCGAUGGUUUAGCAUCACAGAAGCCUGAAAGUGUAGCUUCGGCAAUGGUAAAAAUUAUUAAAAAUGCAAAAACUGGAACAGCGUGGAUAGCUGAAGGUGAAGAAGAUCCUUACGAAUUCAUUCUACCACCCAGGGAAAGUUUCAAACCACAGUAGCAUGUAAUAUACUAGUUAUAACAUACAUUUUAUACAUGUGGGGCAAUUUCGAAAAU